AUGGAAGGGCGCUCAGAAGUGACCUCUCCACCGGAGAGGGCCGUGAGCAACUCUACCGAGACCCUGGUGACAGAGUUCAUCCUGCUGGGCUUCCCGGAGCUGCACCACCUUCAAGGGCUGCUGUUCGGGUCAUUCCUCACCAUCUACGUGGUGACUGUCCUGGAGAACCUGGUCAUCAUUGUGACUGUCCGAGCCAGCUGUCAACUGCACACACCCAUGUACUUCUUCCUGGCCAACCUGUCGGUUCUCGAGACCCUUUACACCUCAGUCACCGUCCCCAAGCUGCUGGCUGAUCUCCUGGCCCAGGACGGGACAAUCUCCUUCUCUGGGUGCCUCAUCCAGCUAUUCUUCUUCCUCUCACUUGCCUCCUCCGAGUGCUUCCUCCUGUCCACCAUGGCCUGUGACCGGUACCUGGCCAUCUGUCGCCCCCUGCACUACCCGGCCAUCAUGGACUCAAGGUUCUGCCUGCGCCUGGCCCUUGGUGCCUGGAUGAGCGGCUUCCUGGCCUCCUUUGUGUCCAUAGUGCUCAUCUCGCACCUCAGGUUCUGUGGCCCCAACGUCCUCAACCACUUCUUCUGUGACAUCUCACCCCUCCUGCAGCUGUCCUGCUCUGACAUCACCCCCAUCGAAACGCUGGACUUUUUGGCAGCCCUGUCUGUACUCCUGAUCUCCCUGCUGGUGACCAUGGUCUCCUACGCCCACAUCCUGGACACGGUGCUGAGGAUCCCAGGAGGGGCCGGCCGCCAGAAGGCCUUCUCCACCUGCGCCUCCCACCUGGUGGUGGUGACCAUCUUCUACGCCACCACCAUCUUCAUGUAUGCCCGGCCUCAUGCUGUCAGCUCCUUCCACCUGAACAAGCUUGUGUCUGUGGUGUACACGAUGGUGACGCCACUGCUCAACCCCAUCAUCUACUGCCUGCGGAACCGUGACAUCAGGGAGGCCCUGACCAAACUCCUCUGGGCCCCCAGGCCUUCCUAA